AUGUUUACAAAUAUUUUAAUAAUUAAUUUUAUAAUUCUAACAAUACAAGAAUUCAAUUUUGCUAAAGCAACAACUUCAGGCUUUGACUCAGUUCAAAAUAUAACUACAGAAACCUUCACUCAAGCUAAAUCAUCUGCUAAUUUUUUUAUUGGGCGUGUAUUUAAUGGAGCUCUAUAUGAUAUUCCAAGUGACGGACCAAGCCUGGAAAGUGCUGUAGAUCAAGCGGGAAUUCAAAAUAUUGCUAAUGCUAAUAGUGCAGGUAUUUGA